UUCUGUCACCUUAAAUUCCAUUUCUCUCUCUCUCACACACACACACUCUCAAAACACACACCAUGAAACCCGCCACCAAAUUUAUCCUACUUCACAAACACUCCGCCGCCGCCGCCAUCAUCCCCACCACCACCAUCUCCGCCGCCACCACCCACAACCACCGUCUCUACCUCUUCACUUUCCUCGCCCUCCUGUCCUUCGCCGCCACCUUCUCUCUCUUCACUCUCCCUUACACCACCACCACCACCCCCACCGCCGUCACUACCACCACAAACCACCGUCUCCCAAACCCCAUUUUCGAAACCCUCAUCCAUUACGCCACCUUAACCCAAAACACCACAAACCCAUCUCGACUUACCCCACCGGAACUCACCGCCGUCGCCGCCGUCCUCCGCCGUUGCCCCACCCCUUGUAAUUUCCUCGUUUUUGGUCUCACCCAUGAAACCCUACUCUGGCAUUCUUUAAAUCUCAACGGCCGUACAACUUUUGUUGUCGAAAGCGCUUACGAAAUCCUUAAACUUGAAGAAAAACAUCCUUGGAUCGAAGCGUACGAUGUUACGUACACAACGAAAGUUAAAAAUUCAAACCAAUUGAUCCGUUACGCGAAAACGGAGCUCCGAAAUGAAUGUAGGCCCGUACAGAAUUUACUGUUUUCAGAAUGUAAAUUAGCAAUUAAUGAUUUACCAAACUUUGUGUACAACGACGUCGUUUGGGAUGUUAUAUUAAUUGAUGGGCCACGUGGGUACUUUCCAAAUGCACCCGGGAGACUGUCGGCUAUUUUUACUGCUGGGGUUUUAGCCAGAAGUAAAAAAGAUGGGUCACGUGACACGCACGUGUUUGUUCAUGAGAUGGAUAGGGAGGUUGAGAGAGUUGGGAGUGGUGAGUUUUUGUGUAGUGAGAAUUUGGUUGAGAAAGUUGGUUUGUUGGGGCAUUUUGUCAUCGGGAAAAAUGGUGGCGGCGGCGGCGGGUUUUGCCGGGAGGCGGUGGCGGAGGUGUCGUCGGUCAGGUUAUAAUGAAAUAACCGAAACGGAUACCAGAGAGGUGUGUUGAAAUGACCAUCAUACCCAAAGGGGUGGAUGUUUAUUACUUUGGUAAAUGUGGGGUAAAAGUGUAAAACAGUAAAAGUAAUUGGUAGUUUUCUUUUUUGUGAAUAUGAAAGUCAUUUUAUAUAUUUGGAGAUAAAGUUCUCGUAAUAUGAAUUUAAAUUUUGAUUUUGCAUA